GGCAAUGAGGACAGCCCUUCAAAGCAAGCAUAUAAACUUCCUUAAUCUUCGUCCGUCAAUCAUCACCCAACCUUUCUUCAUAUCUGUAGCUCGAUAAAAUCCAAUUAAUCAACAACAGCUGCUACUUGCUCUCGACAAUGGAGCGUACUAGACAUACCACGCCUCUUACCACUCCAUCUCGAGCUUCAACCAUUGCUCUCGACAGCAGUGAGCGUGGGGCUCAAACGAGCCCAUCGAUGUCCAGUUCUCAGAGCUCGGAUACGGAGCGCCUUCUCAUGCAAGCCGAGAUUGAUGCUCAUACUCAUUACAAACAAGCCCCCGUCCAAGAGUUCAAACCUCUUCAGAUGCUCAUGGAGACGCCGAUAUCAAUCGAGUACGGAGAUGAUCUCACCUCCCAGCUCACUAUGCACGAAGAACUCCUCCGUUGUCAUAGCAAGUCCUUCGACCAACUGUGCGGCAAGGCUAAGGCUCUCCGAGAACAAUAUGCCCAGGCGGAUAUCCUUAUGCAGAGUUUGGCGAAAUUUGUGUUCCCGGAAGUCACUAUCAAGCAGUUUGAGAGCGCUGCUAUGGAGGGAAAGGUAAUCCCUCUGAUCCUCCAGAUUGCCAAUAGUCAUCCCCUCCAGGAGUACCACAACAACAUCAAGAAAGUCAUCGACGUAGCUGUGGAGAAUCAGUUCACACUGAAAAACAGCAAAGUCCCUCAAUCAACUGGAGGAGUCUCCAAGAAGAGGGAUAGUAAGGACACGAGUUGCGAUAUGAGUCUCAGAGGACGUAUACCUCUGCUCAAUUCGCGAGGCGUACAGACAGUGGCUGAGAGAUUAUAUGCCGCGCUCCACAGGAUGAAAAGGGCAGAGGCAGGGAUGGCGAAGGAGGAUCCGGUGAGGGCUGUCGCCCAGCGAAGGAUACUCUUGCCCGGCAUCCAGGACACCACCGUUCGCCUGUUCGUUCAGUGGGUCUAUCAAGGAUCGCUGUACUACGAAGAUGCGGAGCAGCUGUACGCUCUCCUGAAUCUGGCCACUAGCUUAGGCGCGGAUGUGCUUGCAGAAAUGUGUCUCAGCAAGCUUACGACCGCUGCAACCGAUAGUAUCACGACUGCCCUGACCGAUGGUAUUCCCCUCCAAACAUUGAUUGCAUACGGCUCAGGCAACAAGGACAACGUCCUGGAGGUCAUCUUCAUUAACGUGUUCAAGGACGAGAACCCACCAAAGAGACUCCUGAAGCUUGUGAUCGACACUUUAGCCAAGAGCCUCGAUAUGGCGCUAUGGGCUCAGAUUAAGGAUUUGAUUGGCCACAAAAUGGCUCUGGACCUCAUCGAAGCCAUGGUCGUUCGGAAGCAGGUCAAGACCGAGCAGUUCUACCAGACGAGCAUGAAAUCAGAGAGCGACGUCACGACUCCCGAGUAGUCGCUCUUCAUCACUAACGAGAAGCGCUGAGUACCCGCAUCGGCAAAGUAUUUUGAUGGAAUGUGCAUGGGCCCCGAUUGAUUCUAGACAUGCGUGAAGGGAUUUGGAGUCUUGACGCCACGACAACGAUCUGCACGACCUUGGUUUUUACGGCGAACAGCGAUCCAUUGCAUCACUCUAUGGAAGAGUUUAUUUUCAUUUCUACUGAUUUUCUGCAUAUUAUUAUUGGCCUGGGG